CUCGUACUUCCUUUAAUUUGAGUUUACCCCACACGUAGUCGCCAUGUCGCCAACUGUAGGAGGGUACAAGCGGGAAUCCAACACGGCCAGAGUGUUGGGCGCAGGAUGUGCGGGUAUUGCAGAGCUUAUGGUCUUCCACCCGGUUGACACGACGGCAAAGCGAUUGAUGAGCAACACUGGCAAGAUUCAAUCCGUAUCGCACUUGAACCAGGUCGUCUUCAGGAACAGCGCAAACGCCUCGGUCUCUGGUCGAUUCUUCUCUCUCUUCCCCGGUCUCGGAUACGCAGCGGCCUACAAAGUGCUCCAACGUAUAUACAAGUAUGGUGGCCAGCCAUUCGUACGUGACUACCUCACGCAGCACCACAUUGAUAGCUUCGACCGAACGUUUGGCAAGGGUCACGGCAAGACGAUUAUGAACGCGACAGCAGGUUCCAUCAUCGGAAUCGGUGAGAUCGUUCUUCUUCCCUUGGACGUCCUAAAGAUCAAGCGCCAGACCAACCCAGAGGCGUUCAGAGGACGAGGAUUGUUCAGAAUCAUUGCGGAUGAAGGGUUUGGGCUGUACCGUGGCUGGGGCUGGACAGCGGCACGUAACGCGCCAGGUUCAUUUGCACUGUUCGGUGGUUCCGCCGCCGCGAAGGAAUACCUCUACAAGCUCUCCGACUACAACUCCGCCACAUGGGGCCAAAACUUCGUCGCCUCGAUCGCCGGUGCCAGCGCAUCCCUCCUCGUCUCUGCCCCUCUCGAUGUCAUCAAGACGCGCAUCCAGAACAGGAAUUUCGAGAACCCCGAGGGCGGCUUCAAGAUCAUCUCCAACAUGAUGAAGAACGAGGGCCCUACUUCUUUCUUCAAGGGACUGACACCCAAGCUUCUCAUGACUGGACCGAAGCUUGUCUUCUCCUUCUGGCUGGCUCAGACCCUUAUCCCGGCGUUCGGCAAGAUUAUGUAAAUACCCAUGUGUGGUUGCGAUGGCUUAUGUAUUUUAUGAUGUUUGGGGUUACGAGUGCUAUGGAAACGAUAGCCGGGUUAUCGGUAGAGGAAACAAUUCAAAAAUCUCCAUUCUGUCAACACGGAAGCAUUCGUGCUGUCAUCUGCA